CAAAACUAAACACCAACAAAAGACCGUCUACGAGACCCGUGAAGCCAGGAAAACUAAAGGAACAAUCAUCGCAGCCUAUCGAUUCAUUAACCAUCAAGUCCGCCUUUUCAAAUCACCCCGCAACGGUCCUGAUCGCUCCAAGAACACCGUCGCAAUGUUCAUGCUAUCAACCCUCUCCGACGUGAUCCCAAUCCAGCCAAAACACUUCAACCGCCCAACACACGUAACUCUCGAAGACGCCAUAAACGCUAAAUACGCCAACCGCGUCCUCCAAUCCAUCGGUCUCUGCAUAGCCUUACACUCCAUCCUCUCCUCAGCCGACGGCACAAUCAAGUAUGGGGAUGGAAAUAGUUAUGUCCAGGUUGAGUUCAAUUUGAUUGUGUGGAGGCCGUUUAGGGGCGAGGUGUUGGUGGGCAGGAUCAAGGGGGUUGGAGCGGAGGGGAUUAAGGUGUCCCUAGGGUUCUUCGAAGACAUCUUCAUUCCGGCCUCAGAACUCUUCGAAGGAACGGAGUUUGACGCGACACAAGGAGGGUGGAUAUGGCAUCAAGAAGACAUUGACCUUUUUCUGGAUGUGGACGAUACCAUCCGAUUUCGGGUAGAGGAUGAGGUGUUUACGGAUAAGAGGCCGAUGACUGGAAGGGCGGCGGAGGAGGGUGCCGAGCUUCUUGAAGAUGGAAUUCCGCCAUAUCAGGUUAUUGGGAGUUGUUCGAGGGAAGGAUUAGGGAAUGUGAAGUGGUGGGAGUAGGCUGCUGUGAUUGGGUAAUGUGGGGAUAUCGAUCGCUAUUUAGGGGGGGCACGGCAUCGGAAGACCGAGACGAAGGACUACCGGCGUUCGCGAAUGCCGCACAUUUGGAAAUGCAGAUACCCGUGCGGAAGUGAAGGUUGAUACAAUGUCGUUUCGCACCAGAUAUAGAAAGCGAUCCGGUGUGUCGAAUGCGAAGAGAGCGGACAAGGCAAAGCCCCUUUAUGAGGUAACCAAACAUAACAUAUUACGAAACCACUAGAACUCCAAAAUUUUGACGUACACCGUUCCCAUUCAUUUCACUUCGUCCUAUCUAUACACCU